GACGACAAAUACCUGUGGAGUCUUUCAUAAAAAUAUUAUUGCCAUUAAUUGGUCUUAUUGGAGAAAUUAUUACAGGAAUGGAUCAUAAUUGGAAAUUUAUACAUAUUGGAAAUACUCAACACUCUUCAAUGUAUUCUGCAUUUAUUCUUUCGGGUAUUGUUGAGGUUCUGGUGUUUUACAGGCCACACUUUGCCCCGGAAAAUAUUGAAUAUAUGCCGAAUUUCGUGGCCUUUCUCGUCGAAUUCUUCCUCUUUCUCUUUCAUCUUCAUGGAAGGUCUGAAUUUGAUAUUUACCUUCAUUUAUUAUUGGUUUCUGUGGUCGGAAUGACAAUUUUCCAGGGACUACUCGAGCUAAUUUAUACCCACAGUUAUUUGGCCGGCUUGGCGCGAACUUUCCUUGUAUUAACACAGGGAACAUGGUUCUGUCAAGUGAGUUCCCUGUAUCUUUUGUCCACUUAUAUGUCUACAAAUUACGACUUCUAUCAAUUCUGCAAUGUCGUUUCUAUUAUUAAUAUUUUCCGAGCCAACCAUAAGGAUAUAAACUUUUACGUUCUAAAUAACCUUUGA